AUGGCGUCCCCCAGUAACGCCGAGCGUUCUCCUGAUCUGUCGGUGCCGCUCAAGAUUCCCAAAACCGAGAUUCCCUCCCCAGAAUCCGAAGAUCUGAGUGACAGCAACCAAUACCAUUCCAACCCCUCCACCCCGAACAGAUUCUCUCCUCUGAACGUCGGGGUCUCGCUUUCGGGGGGCGUAGGCCGGAGUGGAUCGGCCUCUGCCUCCAACAGCUUCACUGCCUGUCGAGGCAUGUCGUGGACACCGUCCGAAACGAACGCCCUCAUCGCCGUGUGGGGCAACGAGAGGCUGGCGGAGGCGCGGAUGCAGCAGCUGGAGGUGGCCGGGACGGUGUUUUCCGGCAAGGCGCCUGGACCAGCGAUGUACGAGCGGGUGUCCAGAGCGCUUUCAGAACUGGGAUACGAAAGGACCCCAUCCCAGUGUCGAGAGCGGAUGAAGACGCUGAGACGGUGCUAUAGCCGGGUGAAGGAGCAUGGCAUUGGGAAAAGGAAGAGCAGUUACUCCAUCGAGCAGCUGGAGAAGGUGUUUGGGCAGGGAGGCUGGGAUUCCCAAAGCUGUCAACCUGUACUGAUCAACAGCAGCGGGUUGUACCAGGAGAUGGAGUCAGAUGGCAGUACCAUGGAGGACUAUUCUCAGGAAGACUGGUGCAAUCAAGACCUUUCUGCCGCCUUCAGUGUGGGGGAUAUAGAGACAGAAGAGAACCAGCUACCAAAGCCCAAAGUUCUUCAGAUAAGACUGGAGCCAUCUGAGCACACCCAACGACAGGAAGUGAUGCAGAAUGUGAUGCGUAUCCUGGAGUCAGUGGAGAUCAAAUGGGAGCAUUUUCAAACAUGGACUGAUUUCUCCCGCCUCCACCUGUCCAAUAAGCUGGCCAUCUUCGGAGUGGGCUACAACACACGGUGGCGAGAAGAUAUCCGCUACCACUAUGCAGAGAUCAGCUCGCAGGUACCUCUAGGAAAGCGACUACGGGAAUACUUCAACCCUGAGAAGGCCGAGGGCAGGGUUAUCAUGAACAAGGUGCAGAAGAUGAACUGGAAAAAUGUGUAUUAUAAAUUCCUGGACAUCACUAUUAGUGAAGCUCGCUGUUUGGAACUGCAUUUGGAAGUAGACUGGAUCCCGAUUACACAGACCAGGGCGACAGGUUGCAGUAACAGUUCACAGUACCUCCUCCCAGGGGGCAUCCCAAAAACAUAUGGCCUAUAUGCAAUAGGCUACAAGGAGAUGAGUGUGUCCAAUUUGUCUAACACAAAGGACAAGUCCUCCCCCUCACAGGAAGAGGAGGUGGAUCAUUGUGAGAAUAAGAAAAAGGAGGAGAGGACAUCAGCCAAAGUCACUUACUGUUACCUUGGCAUUGCAGAGGAGUGGACGCUACAGCAAUGUCUGUUCCAGCACUUUCAGACUUCAGGCAAACAUUACAGCCGUGGGGUGCCCUCAGCAGUAACCACGUUCCUGCAGGAGAACUGUACAGGCCAAGCCAGAGAGGGAACCCUUUCUGGAUUACCCAUCUACAUUAAAUUCAUUGAGGUGGAGCUGGACUUUCUCUCUGCCGGAUCUUUAGUGGAAUGUCUAGAGACUGCAAUCGGUUAUUCAUUAAAGUUCAACAAGAAGGAAGAACUGUAACGGAUACAUUUGCCAAAGCCAGUAUAUUGAGACAUAGACUUAAUUUAAAGGGAUAGUUUACCCAGAAAUGAAAAUUCUGUCAUCAUUCACUCACCUUGAUGUUGUUCUAAACCCGUAUGACUUUCAUUCUUCCUGACUGAGGCAAACAUUCCGCCUAGUAUCUCCUUUUGUGUUAGAUGGAAAAAAGAAAGUCAUAGAAGUUUGGAACAAUUUGAGGGUGAGUGAAAGGUGAUAGAAUUAUCAUGUUGGGGUGAAAUAUCCCCUUAAACUGACCUCCAGAAAUUCUUGAAUCAUUUGCAGUGGCAAUUGUCUCUAUCAGGGAGUGAAAGCUUUUGGUGGUUGAUGUCGAUGAUAUCCAGAGAGUUAGGUCUGAUUAUUUUCAAACUGCCUUUUUUAAAGGAAUAUUCUUGGCUCAAGUUUAAUCGGCAGCAUUUGUGGCAUAAUAUUGAUUACCACAAAAUUAAUUUCGACUCUUCCAUCAUUUUCAUUUUGAAAAAAAGGAGCAAAAAUGUAGGUAACAGUGAGGCACUUACAACCUAGUUGCAUUGACGACGUAAUGCCGGAAACCCUAAAACGACCACAAGAGUCAUUGAGUUUUAACAAAAUAAUUAAUGUAAGUGCUUUAAUAAAAUUAUAUGCUUCACAUUUCUGCCUUUAAACCAUGCUUUUUUUUUUUGUUCUUUUUUUUUUUUUUGUGGCAAUCAACAUAAUGGCACAAAUGCUGUCAAUUAAGCUUAACUUGUUUUGAACCCGGAAAAUUCCUUUAACUUUCUCCAGCCAAUUAAACUGAGAUCCAAUGCAGAAACUGUUUAAGAAAAAGAAUUUGCAACAUGAUUGAAUUAAUCUAAAUAUAAAGUCUAUCUACAUAUAAGUAUAUAUAUAUAUAUAUAUAUAUAUAUAUAUAUAUAUAUAUAUAUAUAUAUAUAAAGAGUAUAUAUUCAUAUUGUCAAGCAUUCCAGCAUUUCCAAUUAUAACAUUCAAAGAAUGUUUUCAUAAGCAGAUGAUCAAUAUCUGUUUUUUAUUUGGGAGUUCACACAGUGUCUUUAUGUAUGAUUGUUUCAAAGUCACAGUCUUAUUUACAUGUUUGGAAAGAUAAAAAAUAAAUUAAUGAAAUGGAGAA